AUGUACCAUUCAGUCAUAGGUUUAGAGAGUGUUGUCUGUUGUUUUGGAGUUUUAACUUUUCUACGUUUCUCUUUUUUAAGUUUAGUUUAUUUUAAAUUUAAUAUUAUUCUUUAUUUAGUUAUUUUUAAGUUCGAAACUAAAUUAAAAUGAUAAAUAGAGUAAAACCAGACGUGGAAGAUGAUGAAAGAGGGAAAUUAUUUAUCGGUGGUUUAAGUUGGGAAACCACCCAAGAAGAUUUACAAAGAUAUUUCGGACGUUUUGGAGAAGUAAUCGAUUGCGUUGUUAUGAAAAAUAGCGAAAGUGGCAGGUCAAGAGGAUUUGGAUUCGUAACAUUCGCUGACCCGGCCAACGUAGAUGUUGUAUUACGUAGCGGACCUCAUGUUUUAGACUCCCGAACGAUUGAUCCCAAACCAUGUAAUCCUAGAAGUCUACAAAGGAAGAAGAAUAACGUCAACUAUCCUAAAGUAUUUUUAGGCGGAUUACCUACAACUUGUACAGAAACUGAUCUACGUAAUGUUUUCUCAAGAUUUGGAAAUGUCAUGGAAGUUGUUAUUAUGUAUGAUCAAGAAAAGAAAAAAUCCAGAGGAUUUGGUUUCCUUUCAUUUGAAACGGAAGAUGCAGUCGAUAGAUGUGUUAUGGAACACUUCGUAUCAGUUAAUGGUAAACAGGUUGAAAUCAAGAGAGUUGAAAUGCGCGACAAAAGUGCUUCAAAUGGGCAAUGGGGACAAAACAUUAUGAGUAUUGGUACUGGUAAUGGGCCAAUUGGGUCAAUCGAUCCGAACAGCAUGUCUCAAGGAUACUUAGGGUGGGGAUCGGCAGGAUACGGAUACGGUAAUCCAUCAGCAUCAGCCGGAUAUCAAAAUUGGGGAGCACCGGCUACGCCGCAAGUGCCUACGCAUUGGAGUUCGACCUACGGUACACCAAAUCAAACUACCGCGUACGGUUCUUAUGGUGCUCAAGCAGCCCCGCCUCCGCAAGCCGGAUAUGGUGGUAGUUGGAAUUGGGGAAUUCAACAAAACGGCUCAGCUCCUCCGCCGACCGCUGCCGCCGCUGGAUACGCGUCCCAAGGCGCGCCUCAUCCUGGAGCUCACCAGGGUGAUAUGUAUACUAGAGCUGGUGCUAUUGAACCAUCGUCAGCCGCGAGUAAUCCUCAGAAAACAGAUUACGCCGGUUACGGAGGAUACGGAGCCUAUCAACAGGAUUCAGCUAAUUAUGGGGCACCGCGUAGUUACACCGCUCCGGACGGUUUAGCGCCUCCGGGAAUGAACUCAAGCGCAGGGGCAACGGGUGCCGGAUCUUACGGCAAAGCGUACGAUUACAAAGAAUGGCCGGCGUCUUGACUAAAUUAUUAUUGAAAGAGGUGUUGCCUCGGGGAUCGGAAAUGGGGCCGAUUUUUCUAUACUUUUUUUUCUUCUUUUUUUUUCGUUCUUUUUGUUUUGGAUGGAAAAAGAUACAUAACUGAUUAAUAGAAAAAAUUUUUACUUACUUUUCUCUAACAUUCUUUGUAUAUUACUGUAUGUUUUUUUAUCUUUUAUUUUUUAUUUUAUUUAUUUAUCAUUUUUCUCUUUUUUUCUUUUUCCUUUCUUUUUUUUUUUGGUUUAUUAUUAUUUUUUCGUUUCUAUAUCGCGGGCGUGUUAGUGUGUGUGUGCGUGCGUGCUGCGUGGUUAUUAUCUGUAGUAUAUUGAGAAAGCGUUUUGGCUUUUUUGGGUAUUGAACAAAAUUUACGUUUGUAUUUUUCUACGCUUAACUUUCGUAUGGUUUUCGGUUUUGUUUUUUUUUUAUUUUAUUUUGGACGCGUGAAAAUAAAUUUUACAGUAAAAUACGAUCGGGUGUAAUUUCUUGCGAGCCGAGAGCGUGUUGAAGAGGAAGAAAAACAGAAUAUCGAAUAUUUUUACGUGUAUUUUUUUUUUCGUUUGUUUGUUUGUUUCUUUAUGAUUCUGAAUUAUUUUUAUUAUUUUCGUUUUCUCUGUUUUUUGUUUUCGUUUUCGUUUUUUUUUUUUUGUUUCUCUUUUUCUUCGGUAUACAUAAUUUUUUUCCCUACAUUUUCUAAGUAACUUACAGGGUUGCCGUUCAGACUGGUUCUGUUCUUAAGAAAAUUACCUUUAAUGACGUUGACUUUAAUUUAAAAACGAUAAUAUUUUUCGUAUUUUCAUCGUCGUUUUAUCAUCGUUUGAUUUAUUUUAGUUUUUUUUUUAGUUUUUGCAAAACCAACUUAAGGAUUUCGUAGUACAAAUUAUCGUUUUGAAAAUGAUUCAUUUGUGUAUAUUUACGACACCUGGCCGUUCUUUUCGCCAAUCAGCCGUAUAAUGAUCGAGUAAACGAGCAGGUAGGGGACGGGAAGGAGAAAUUGAUGAAAAAAAAAAAUGAAGAAAAUUUUCACGAAAAUUGACAGGAUCAUGUUGAAGGGUGGUGGGAAGGGGGCACGGGUAAGUCUGUACGAUUUAAUGUAUUUUAGGUUCUCGUUAGGAGAAAUAAUUUAAUUAAUUAAGAGUAAAACAUCAACAAUAACAAUAACCAACGCGCUCAGGGAUUUUUUUCUUGUAUUUAAAUCGCUCGUAAGUAGUAUUUUGAGAAACAGUAGAACUUGCAAAAAUAACACUAGCGAAAAAAUUUUCAAUAAAAUUGAAAAACAAACAAACCAACCAACCGACUAUUUCUUCCAUUGCACCGCGUAGUAUGUUGUAUUUUUUUUCCAAUUGAAAACCGCUAAUUAUCGUGUAUGGUUUAAGUACUAUUUUUUUGUUCUUUGUUGUGUGUUGCUUGAAAUUUUAGAUAUUUUUCGGGAAUAACGCAGAGUCAUAAUCAUAAUACGAGAGAAACGAGUUGCGCGCGAUUUUUGGGUAAAUUUCGGGAUUUUUCCAUCGGUGGUGACGGUAGUCACGCGACAGUCAAAAUGAUAUUACGUUGAAAAAAAAUUCGCAACAAAAAUAGAAUUUAAGGGUUUACGUGUAAUAAAUUAUAGAAGAAAAAAUGAGAAAAAAUUUUUAUGGAAAAAAAUCAUCAAUUUUUGUUAUACUGUACUGUAUACAAUGAACUUUCAUAUCCCAUGAAAUCAAACGCAUUGAAUUUCUUUUAUUUUAUUUACUUCUUUGUUUUUUUUUAAAAUUCAUUUGUAUUUUGACACAGUAUAUCUUACUACAUAUUAAAUAUACAUUUUUUUUUUGUUUUUCAAUAAUUGUAGGUAAACUUAUCUAAAAAAAAUUUAAAUUGAAAAAAAAGGAAACUAAGAGUGAUAAAAAGAAAAAAUUUUUUGAAAAAAAAAUAAACCGUUAGCGUUUAUUGUUUUUUAUGAGCUUAUGGAGACUUUUACUUAUUUAGAGUAAUCGUUCGUCUCGUUUUUUUCUCUUUAUUUUAUUUUUUUUUCUUUCAUUAUUUUAAUUAUUAUUUUACAGCAGUUGUUUUACAUUUAGACAAUGAAGACUGUUAAUUAAUUUUAAGCAGAGUUUUAAAUAUAAAAAUACACGUGGUACAAUAUGUCUAUGUUAGUCUCUUUUACCAGUUUUAUGUCCUAAAUUAUUGUUUUCUUUUUUUAAACGGUUGAUUUUUUUUUCUUGGUUGCAAAAAAUUGAAUGUUUGGGGGACUGUUCGGAGCGAUGAUUGGGAAAUUCAUUUUGCGGACAAGGUUGCAUUUUUUUUUGUUCUGUUUAGUUUUCGUUUGUCGUUUGUUUCUUUUUUUUGUUUGGUUUUUUUCUCUGUUCAUUUUUUAUUUUUUGAAAAAAAAAGGUCACACUAUCGCUUUUCUCGAAUGUUUUCUAAUUUGAUAUCAGUUCCCUUUAAAUGCAACGUUUGUGUAAGUUUUUACUACAUUGGGAUAUGUUUUUUUCCUUUCCUCUUUUAUUUUUUGAUAAUUGAUUUUUACCUAUUUUUUUUCUGUAUAAAUAUACCAUCCACAUUGUUAAAUUUUAUUUUAAAGUAUAACGCAACAUUUUAUAUGGUUAAAUUGAAUUUUUUCUGUAUAAAGUUUUCCUGAAAUUGGACUUUUUUUUUUCUUUCGUGUUAUCGAUGAGAAAAAUUUGAAUAUAGUUGUUUUUUUCUAGUACCUACUUAGAGUAUAAUGAAUAAUGAUUUAAUCCGUAUUUGCGUGUGUAUUUGUAAAAUAAUAAUUUUUUGUCAUUCAGAUUGAUUAAGCGUGUUUCGGUAACUCUCGUCUCUUAUGAUAAUAUUAUAUUAUAAAAUCUAAUGAUAUACGAUCAUAGUACCUGAAUGUUCUAUGUAUUAUUUAUGUCCUAAAUUAAAUUAACUACUACAGAUUUAAGUUGUGUUCAAAGUGUUGACGCUGUAUUUUGAUUCUAUAUAUUUUUUUUUUUCAUUGCAUAAAAGUAAUAAUAACGAGUUAACGAUAAAUUUUUAAAUUUAAAGUAAAAAACGAUGACCUACCAUUAUGAUUAACGAAAUGAACAGUAUAGUAUUUGUUAAUAUUUUUCUUUCCUUUUUUCUCGUAAUUUAAGAACUGGCGUUUUUUUGGCGUGCUGUCUCUUCGUGUUUUUUUUUCUUUUUUAAUAUAUAAUAACUAUUUUACAUAAAGAACGAUAAUUUUUGAAAAAAAUUCGAUUUUUACCCUCAUUAGCGUUUAAGGUGUUAAUAAGAUCGCCGUUCAGCUCUCUUGAAUUUUAACAGGAACGGCGUUAAAUAUGUUUGCGAAAAUCGUGUUUUCUUUUUUUUUUCGAGUUUAAUGCAUACGGAUAUAAUAAGCUGUCUCAUUCGGCCAUUUUUUUUUCGACGAAUCUUUAAAUGUUAAGAAUGACCAAUUAAUAGUUAGAAUGAAAUCCUACUAUACCAGUUUGCAUACACGCGUUUUAUUAUUAAAACUUUUUUGUCAAGGCUUUUUAAGUAUAGGGGUUCUACCACUUAUAAGUUUAAAAUAUUUUAAUAUCUUUUUUUUUUUUAUCAAUUUAAACAUCAUUACACAUUUUUUUCCUCUUCUAUAUUGGUGACUUUUUUUCCAACGUUAAUAUUGUACUAAUUUGUAUAAAAUAUCAAGUCUUUGAAGUUUUUUUUUUCUAUGUUUUAAUUAAUCGGCUUGCUAAUGUUUACGUGUGUUUUUUUUUUCUAUAUUAUGUAAUUUUUUUUGCAUGUUUUAAAUUAUGGGAAAUAUUAUUGAAAAACGACGACGGGGAAACUUAUAUACGGAAUAAGAUUUUAAAAAAUAAAAAUUUAAUAUUGUAGAUUUUCUUACCGCAACUCUAUAAAAGUAAGCAUUUGUGAUUUUAAUUAUAACGUUAAUUUAUCGUUCCCGAAUUUCCAGAAUUGUUUUGUAAAGUGCGUGAAUGUGCAUUUUAAAUGUUUUCUUUUCUUUUUUUUAAUUAUUUUACUCUUUAAUUUCCCUAUCUUUUUUUCCUUUGAUUUUUUUCUGUUUUUAAAUCAGAACCGUACACUAUAAGUUGUGAGAUUAGUUGUAGCGAAAAAUGUUAAGAAAAAACUGACGUUCUGACGCCUUAUUUUAACGCAUAUAUUUUUAACAAGCCUAUACGUUAUUCUGGUUACAUAGAUUUUAGUGUGUAAGUUUUUAUUUUAUAGAUGUAUUAUUUUAUUAUCUGGUAGUUAUUUGUAGAGCGUAUAGUAAUAUCCUUCUUCAGUGUAUAAGGUAUAUCGUGUUAUCGCGUUUGAUAUAAUUAUAUUCUACAUUACUUUUGUUGGACUUUUUUCCUGCACCUUAAUAAAUAUUUCUGAUUUCA